ACAGCUCGGCUUUGUCACUCAUCUCUGUUCUACCCUGAAUACCACUGUGCCAAAGUUCAGCGCUCACAAUCUGGGACAAUAGGAGAAAGAAGACACUGAACUAGAUGUUCUCUGGCAGCUUCAUCUUACAGAUUGUGUGUGACCCUGAGACAACUGAAGGCAAACACCCGAAACUAUUCAACGAGGCAGCACAACGGGAUUCUUUCCAUUGGCGAUGCGAAAAUAAGAAGACAGUAUCAGUUUGAAUUGACCUAAAGCAACAUGGCCAACAGGAAGGCAGAGGUCCAGCGAAGGAUUGUGUCCAAGGACGGCCACAACAAUGUGCGGAUUGACAAUGUCGAGGGCAUGGUCAAGCUGUACUUGCAUGACAUCUGGACCACUGUGGUGGACAUGAAAUGGCGCUACAAACUCACUCUGUUCGCCUCCACAUUUGUCAUGACUUGGUUCAUCUUUGGGGUCAUCUUUUACUUCAUUGGCAUGGGCAACGGAGACUUUGAGACUGGUUUGAGUUCCAACCACACGCCCUGUGUGAUGAAUGUGGAGACACUCACCGGAGCCUUCCUCUUCUCCCUGGAAUCACAGACUACCAUUGGCUAUGGUUUUCGUUACAUCUCAGAGGAGUGCCCUCUGGCUAUCUUCACUCUGGUGGCUCAGCUCGUCAUCACAGGCCUAGCUGAGAUCUUUGUCACCGGUGCCUUUCUAGCCAAACUGGCUCGGCCCAAGAAGCGAGCAGAGACCAUCAAGUUCAGCCAGUUGGCAGUGAUUUGCCAGCACCAAGGCAAGCUGUGUCUGAUGGUGAGAGUGGCUAACAUGAGGAAGAGCCUGCUGAUCCAAUGCCAGCUAACAGGAAAGCUCCUCCACUCAAAUGUGACACAGGAGGGCGAGAAGACACAAGUCCACCAGAGCACUGUUGAUUUCCACAUGGACUCUAGUGGAGAGUGCUCUUUCCUCAUCCUCCCACUCACCUUCUACCACAUUCUGGAUGAGCACAGCCCGCUGGCAGGACUGAACGCAGAAAACCUCCACAGUCGAGAGUUUGAGCUGCUGGUCACCCUCAAUGCAACAAUGGAGUCGACGGCAGCCACGUGUCAGAGCCGCACCUCCUACAUCCCUCAGGAGAUCCUCUGGGGCUACGAGUUCAAGCCAGUGCUGUUCAGCACCACAGGGGGCCGCUAUGUGGCAGAUUUCAACUUUUUUGACAAGGUGCAAGUGAGCAACGACGGAGCCCUCCUCGGAAACAAUGCAGAGAAGAUAAAAAUUGAGGAGGACUAUAAAAAAGAAUAGAGGGUACAUGUGUUAGUGUGCUGUAUUGUGUCAGUCAGUUCUUCUCAUGGCUAUGACCCUUAAUUCAAACACAUUUUAUUUGAACGUUUUCAUUUUCACAUAAAAACUGAUUUGGUCUUGUUUCUCAUGACAAUGCCCUGACUUUCUGUUUUUGUAACUCAAAUUUUCCAGCAGCCUGGAAAACCUGACAUGAAAAUACAAUUUCUUUGCACGUUUUAUUUAUUCAUUGAAUCAUUCUGACAUAUCUUUUUUAAAUAUUAGUUUCUAAGUUUUCAAUAUAUCAGAACUGUUCUAAAUUAUUGGUUGGAUCAUUGGGGUUGUUAACCCAAAAUAAAAUUCAUUAGACUGGGUUUUCGAUGGAUUUGGAUUUCUUUGAGGGGAAUUAAUUGGUCCAAACACUGCAAAAAUGACAAGUUGUGAUUUUACAGGUAGUUGUGUGCUGAAAAGUAGGAUAAGUCAGAUGUGUUUAGCUUAGCUUGACAGGAUAAGAUAAAGCAGGACUUUUGUGAUGUCGCUAGUAGUAGUUCAUGACACUCAGUGGUUGUUGGUCAGGAAACACUGAACUAACAAAGACACAAUGUACAAUCAACAGGACAGAUUUGGACUUGGUGGAAGGUGUAUUGAUCAGUGUA